AUGAGAAGAUACAAAAACUUGGUUUCUAAUUUGCGAAAAAGAUCGAAGAGCAACUUAUUCUUGCGGACACUUACCGUGAGCCUUGUUUUUGCGCUAUGUUUGAUACAGGCUUCACGAAAAAGUUGCGAAAUCGUGAAUGAAAAGUAUACUUCAGGUAAAGCAAGUAAAACUAGUUCGAUUAAUGUACCUACGUUUAAAGGGUUCUCUCUUUGCUCACCAUCUUUAGAAUACGAUUAUCAAGAGCGAUUACAACGUGGCAAAGAAGCUCGGAAACACAUCGAAACUGUAGGUGAAACGUCUCCAAAUUUGUUCUGGUAUGCAGUUGAACCAACUUGGAGUUGCUCAACAGAAAUAAGAGUAGGUGGACUUGGAGAUGGUGGGAAGUACUUAUGCGGCUAUGACUUUUCUAGGCAAAAGGCUUUUGACCAAGAUUGCGUCAUAUACUCAUUUGGAAGUGCUGGGCGAGACGACUUUGAAAAUUUUCUGAGCUCAAACACAGGCUGUAAAAUACAUAUUUUUGAUCCAACUCCGAGAAUAAGAAAGCAGAUGACGAUCCGAGCACGUAAAUAUGGCGCGCAGUUUCAUUCAAUUGGUCUUGGGGGCUUCGAUCGUAAUUUCAACAAGGUUGGUAUAUGGCAGUCUGACCUGAAAGAAUCUAGUUUGAAAAUUUUUACUUUACCUGAAAUAAUGGAAAACCUCAAUCACACCCGAGUUGAUAUUUUAAAAGUGGAUAUAGAAGGAAGUGAAUAUGAUGCUUUUGAGGUGAUCUUGGAAAACUGCACUUUAGAUAUUGAGAUUAUUCUCAUAGAGCUGCAUGUUUUAGGGUCAAAUUCUAGGGACCAAAUAUUUAAGCUCAUUUCUAGUUUAGAACGUUGCCGUUACCGCAUGUUUCACAAAGAACCAAAUUAUCAAGGGUGCCAUGGUACAAAAUGCGUUGAACUUGCUUUUACAAACUUUGAUUGUAAAUACGAAUCACCGCAUGAGAUCAUUAAAAUGAAUCAUGAGCGCGACUUGGCAGAGAGAAGAUCCUCAUUGAUAGGGUAUCUGAAGAAUGGUAAGAAAAGGCACCAUAAUCCACGCUUAUUUUGGGAUUUUUACGAGCCAGAUUCUGUUUGUAAGUCUUUGAGGAGAAUUGGUGGAUUUACUCCGGGGGGAUUGUAUACAUGUGCUAUGAGCAAAAAAUGUCAUGUGUUACUCUUUGGUGACUUUCACGAAAUUCAUGAGGAUUUUUCCCAGCAAUGCAUAGGUGUAGAACGUAAGUCUAUCUCAGAAAUCUUUUCUUUGACCUCAAGAAGUACUCCCUCAAGGUACUCGUUAGCUGCUGUCAGAUUUGAGGACAAAAAUAAUCCAGAGAUAGAAGUGUACAGAAAUCUGGCAGGAAUUGUAUCGAGAUCAUGUGAAAAUUUACCUGAUCAGAUUUCCGUUGAAAUCCACUGGAUCUUCGGGACAAAUUCCUCCAAAGAAGUUUCGGGCCAUGAAGAUAUCUUGAUUGAGCUUUUCACAUCUCUUGAGAGGUGUAAUUUUUCUAUUUUUCAUAAGGAACCAAAUCUUCUUUCGGGACGAGGCCACCGUUAUCUCAUGUAUGGUUGGAUAAAACAUGAGAAAUUAUUGAGUGAUUGGGCUACUUAA